AUGGAGAUAGAAAAAGGUUUUGCAAAAACUUUUUUAUACAAUUUAAGUCAAAAACCUAUUCGUUAUAAAGAUGAUUACAAAUUACCUCUUUCUAGUUUAUCUCAAAUUCCACCAGAAAUAUAUCAACAACCUAUUCAACUGCCAGAAUGUCGUAGGGAAAGAGUAUAUGUUAAUGAAAAAGAGGAAAUUAAUAUUCAUUUAAAAUACUUAAGAGGCUCUAAAAAUGACAUAAAUAUUAUUAGUAAUAAGAAUGAAACAAUUCUUAAUAUUAAGGAAAAGUUAUUAAAAACAGUUGGAGUAGAGUUAUCUCAAAUUAAAUUAUUAAAUAAAGGAAAAGUACAAUCAGAUACAAAACAAAUUUCUGAAAUAUUAGAGCCUGAACAGAAACAAUUAAUGUUUCAUAUUAUAAUUAUGGAAAAGAAGCGAUGUGAGGAAAAUAAUGAAUUUUCAUUAAAAGUAUGCAAUGAGUCAAUAAUUGAUAAAAACCCAAAAAUAUCAAAUCUUGAGUUAAACAGUUUAUUUUGGGAAGAUUUGAGGUCAUUUUUAUUAACAAAACUUGAUAGAAAUGUAUGUGAUAAGGUCUAUAACAUUUUUAAAAAUGCAUAUGUUUCAGAAAUGAAUUUAUAA